AUGUCUGAAAAGAUUGAUCUUAUUCGACAACGUAUGCUUACAGCUCAAAGUCGGCAGAAGAGUUUUGUAGAUCGUCGGCAUAAACGCUUGGAGUUUGUCGAGGGAGACCGUGUAUAUCUCCGAGUUUCACCAGUGAAAGGUGUAGUACGAUUUGAUGUUAAGGGAAAGCUAGCCCCGAGGUUUAUAGGGCCCUUUGAUAUUGUUGAACGAGUUGGCACCGUAGCUUAUCGUCUCGCUUUGCCACCCCAAUUAUCUAGAGGUCAUAAUGUUUUUCACGUCUCGAUGCUUCGUAAAUGUGAUCCGAAGAUAAUAACACCUGUUAUUGACUGGCAAUCCUUAGCAGUUUGGGAAGAUGCAUCUUAUAUCGAGUAG